CCAGUGCUCCCAAUUCUAAUAAUUACAAGCAACAUCUAAACACCACACUGGGGCAGAAGGGAUGGGCCAAGCGGGGGACUAGCCUCCCUGAGCCGGCGGUUCACAUGCCAGCCAGCCAUCCAUGCAACAUGUUUUGUGACCAACCUACAAACACUGUCUCCUUCAAAAAUAUUUUAAAUUUUUCUAUAUUUACUCAAAAUGAGUGUGAGGAACUUAGGAAUGUGUGUGAGAGGGAGCUAGUCUGCUAAUGAGACAGUCUCACAGCCAGCGAGUGUGACGUGACAUGUCUGAAACUUUCCUGCCCGUUCUCUCCCUUCAGCACCUCCCAGGACACGAAGCCAGCCGGGAUCAGCCACUCCUGCCAGCCCUGCAGGAUCCCCGGGCCAGACAUUGGGACCCCCAGGGUGUGGCGAGGUGUGACCGGAGCCCCUGGAAAGCAGGUGGAGCAGUAACACCCGGGCUCCCCGGCCCCUGGUGCCGUGCAGCAUGGUCCUGCGGGAGUCUCCGUUCCCAAACUGGCUCCUGAGGGGCUUAUACUGCGUGGGCCAGCACCUGCUCUUCCCCAGCUACUGGGCCACUGACUGCCUCCUCGACCUCAGCGAGACCACGGUGGAGAGGCAGCAGAACCGGCGCCGGCGCUGCCCCUGCUGCCCCCUGCGGGCACUGGUCACAGGCCCCUUGCUGCUGCUGCUCCUCCUCCUCUCCGUGCCAGUCGCCCUCUUGGGCCUGCUGCUGUGGCUCCCGCUGCAGGCUGCCCGCAGGCCCUUCACCUACCGACACACCGUGCUCUCGCGCUGCGCAGAGGUGUGGGAGCUGCCGGGCAAGGCCAAGGCCUUCAGCUUCGCCAGUGCCAACGUGUGCCUGCUGCCCGACGGCCUGGCCACGUUCAGCAACCUGGGGCAGCUGAAGCAGCGCGUGGCUCGCAUCGGCCAGUGCCUCACGCAGGGGGAGGCCAGUGCCAGCUUCGCCAGCCCCAGGAGCAGCCAGUUCAACAGGGAGGGAAGGGCUGGGCCCGGGGAGAUCUUGGCGCCCUUCCCGCCGGACGUGGACUUCCUUUGCCUGCAGGAGGUAUUUGACCAGCGAGCGGGAGCCCGCCUGUGCCAGCUGCUGAGCCCCUUCUACGAGCACAUCGUGUACGACGUGGGUGUCUACGGGCUGCAUGGUUGUACUCUCAAGGUCUUCAACAGCGGGCUCUUCCUGGCCAGCCGCUACCCCGUGCUGGCCGCCCAGUAUCACUGCUACCCCAACGGUAUCCGUGAGGACGCGCUGUCCGCCAAGGGGCUGCUCUCCGUGCAGGUGAGGAGCUGCCCCAGCUGCAGGGAGCCCAGGGCCCUCUACCCUACUUUGGGCCUGGCGUGGCCUCUCCCCGGCCAGCCUGAAGGUCGCUGCAGAGCGGAGUGGGGCAUUCCCUCCCUGCCCUGCUCAGGGCAAUGCUCAUCCGCGUACGAGCCACCGCUCCCUGCAGGGGCGCUGGGCCCGCUUGGGCAGAGGUGGGCCUGGGUGGCGGAGCAGGGGACUGGAAGUCAGGACUCCUGGGCUCUCCUCCCGGGUCCGCCCUGGACUUCCCAACUGACCCUGGGCCCUCUCCCUUUUCCCCGUGUGUCCCAGCCUCCCAGCUGUGGGGAGGCCCUGAGUCUGAUCCCCCAUGUGCACACGAGCACUAUUCAGCUGGUGACUCCUGCGUGCAGGGGAUUGGUUAUCCUGGGGCCCCCUGCGCCCCAAGGGAAGAUGAGGGACGAUGCCCCACACCAUCAGCCUAGCCCCAUCCACAGGAAGGAGCAAGCAGCUGGUUCCCAGCUGUCCCAGAAGCACCCACUGCCUUCAUCUGCCCCAAAUCCCAGGAUCCCCAGACAGGGGGCUGUGGGCUGCGGCUUCCAGCAGUGGGUGGUGGAGCAGGGCCUCCCGAUGCUCUUGUUUGGCCUGUGGGGGGACACCCCUCAGGUAGUGCCUGCGGAGCUUGACAGCUCCGGGAGCCCUGGCCGGGGAGUGGGUGUCUGCAGCCCAGGCAAGGACAGGGCCUGGGGGGAGCAGGCGCUUCGGGGACAGCCCUACCAGGAGAGCAGUGAGAGCCCUUGGCAGUGGGACCCCAGCCAGUUAAUAAGGGCUGAGUCUAGGGCACCCGUGAGGUGACAGACACAUGGGCCCAUGAACCAUGUGAGGGUCAUCUCCUCCCAGCUUCCAGCCGUGCCCUGCACUGACGGCUGAAACUGACCCUCCUUCCCCAUGGCUCUGACGGUCACCCUGGCCAAACGCCUGCACCCC